AUGUGGGCUAACAAAGAGAGAGUCCUUGACGCCGAUCAAUGGAGAGUCGAGGCUGAAGCUAUCAUCAACGAUAUCAGAAGCCACGUAAAGGACAUCAGAAUAUCCGAAGCACUUACGAGCACCAAUAGUUCAAUUUACCUCAAUGUCACGACCCUCGAGAAUCUAAAAUUCUGCAUUGAAGUGUCGCCGGAAGGGUUCAAAAUCACCGGAAAUGAACACAACGCCCUCGCAAAUACCGAAAGCGAGGUUUACGAGACUCCUUACAGUUUGCUGGAUUCGAUAUCUCCGAUGUAUCGGGAAUCCUUUGGAAAUUCGUUGAUGGCGAAAUUGAAUAAAUUAUCUGAGAAACAAUGA